UUUAAAUUUCCCGAUCCAGACUCUCAAAACUUUCUUCAUACAUCACCGCCGCCAAUCAAGCCUCGUCUUUCUCGUUAAGGUUUCUGCUGAAGAUAAGGUGCCACUAUUUUUUUGGUGGAAAUGAGGCCAGUUUUUGUGGGGAAUUUCGAGUUCGAGACUCGGCAGUCAGAGCUGGAGCGUUUGUUUUCAAAGUAUGGGAGGAUCGAGCGGGUUGACAUGAAAUCUGGGUUUGCUUUUGUUUAUUUUGAGGAUGAGCGUGAUGCUGAAGAUGCUAUUCGUGGACUUGACAAUAUGCCUUUUGGAUACGAUCGUCGGCGACUUUCUGUGGAGUGGGCUAAGGGAGAACGUGGUCGGCAUCGCGAUGGUUCUAGGUCAACUACAAGUCAAAGGCCCACCAAAACGUUGUUUGUUAUCAACUUUGAUCCAAUCCGCACAAGGGAACGAGACGUAACGAAGCACUUUGAGCCAUACGGGAAGGUUCUUAAUGUUCGCAUUAGGCGGAACUUUGCAUUUGUGCAAUUUGCUUCGCAAGAGGAUGCUAGCAAAGCCCUUGAGGCAACACAGAGAAGCAAGUUACUGGACAGAGUCGUGUCUGUCGAAUAUGCUUUAAGGGAUGAUGAUGAGAGGGAUGGCAAAUAUGAUAGUCCUAGAAGAGUUGGUAGUGGUAGACAUGGGGAUAGUCCACAUCGGAGGUCUCCAAGUCCUGCUUAUCGCAGGCGACCAAGUCCUGAUUAUGUUAGGGCUCAUAGUCCCGUUUAUGAUCGCUAUAACGGUCCUGCUUAUGACAGGCAGAAGAGUCCCGCGUAUGGGAGAUACCGCAGCCGAUCGCCUGCUCGAAGGUCCCGGACAUGAAUGACAGAUUGAUGGA